AUGUCAUUAUCUAUAUCUACAACCACAACCACCAGUGGUCACUACUCUGCACUUUCCUUGCCAAUAAGAACAACCCAAAUCAACAACUCUAAGCAAAACCCAACUUAUUUUCUUCCCACCACCAAGUUUUUUUCUUCAAGAAACCCUUUUUCUUGUAGUUUCUCAAAUACCCAGUUCUCAAAACCGUUCCUUUUUGUGGUUAAAGCUUCAUCUGAUGUUGGGUCAGAAGCAUCCAAAAAAGAAGGAGAAGAGGAACCGUAUGAAGAGUAUGAGGUUGAGAUUGACCAACCUUAUGGACUCAAAUUUGUCAAAGGAAGAGAUGGUGGAACUUAUAUUGAUGCCAUUGCUCCUGGUGGGUCAGCUGAUAAAGCCGGAGUGUUCACUGUUGGUGAUAAAGUACUUGCCACCAGUGCUGUUUUUGGGACUGAAAUUUGGCCAGCUGCAGAAUAUGGAAGAACAAUGUACACAAUUCGCCAAAGAAUAGGCCCGCUACUCAUGAGAAUGCAGAAAAGAUAUGGAAAGAUAGAUACAGGUGGUGAGUUCACUGAGAAGGAGAUCAUCAGAGCUGAAAGGAACUCUGGUGUAGUCAGUAGCAAAGUCAGGGAAAUUCAAAUGCAAAACUACCUAAGGAAAAAAGAAUUGAAAGAGCGCCGGGAAACUGAUUUGAGAGAAGGCUUACGACUAUACAAGAAUGCUAAGUAUGAGGAAGCAUUAGAGAAAUUUGAGUCAGUUUUGGGAACAAAACCAGAGCCCGAUGAAGCAGCAGUGGCAAGUUAUAAUGUUGCUUGUUGUUACUCUAAGCUGAAUCAGAUUCAAGCGGCACUUUCUACACUUGAAGAAGCUCUAAAAUCUGGUUUUGAAGACUUUAAGAGAAUCAGAACUGAUCCUGACCUUGCAAAUGCAAGGGCAUCCCCGGAAUUCGACCCAUUAUUGAAAAGAUUCGAUGAAUCAUUUAUCAAUGAGAACGCCAUCAAUGCCAUCAAAUCAAUUUUUGGAAUAUUUAAUAAGAAAUAA